AUGCCCGACAUAAAUGCCUCUGCAAGUGCUGGAGGCAGUGCCAUCGUUGGGUCUGGAGAAAGUGCCAGUACAGAAGAUUCUGAGGCAAAUCUGAUACGGUUGCGGCAACAGUAUCUUGAGAAGUUGAGGCGAUUGAGGGCUGAAUCCCUUAGAAGGACAAAUGACAGCAAUAAUACCAGGGACAAGUAUGAAAAUUUGGCAAGAGAUUCAAACUUGUCCCCAGGAGGUUUAGGAGAACACUGGAAGGGCCUAGGAGUUGUGAUAGAUCAUGAAGAAGACGAUGAUGACGAUAAAGAUAGUAAUAAGAAGAAAGUUGAUCUGAAACCUGGAUCCCCUUCUCAAAAGGCAGAAGCGUUCUUUUCAUCUCGAAAUCCAGAUAACCAUGUCGCUGAGGAAGCGGUUCGGACAUUUUCAUCAGAUGAUACUCAUUCGAAUAGGGAACUCAUUUCAUACGAAUCUUUCCGGUUCAAAAGACAUUCACCCAGGAUCAACUACCUGUAUCUAGAAGCUACAAGAUACCAAUAUCUCAAUGCAUAUCUUAAACCCAAUGCCAAAUAUGUUGGAGAGCAACGAUCAGGAAGAGAAAGAUACCGUAUUAUUGUUGAAUUCCAACUGAUAGACUGGCAGAAUCUGGUGGUCACUGGGUUUUUACAUAUCACAGGUUUAACUGAAGAUCAUCCUGAAAUCACCACAUGUUUCACUGGUGAAAUCAUUAAUAAUCCCUUUUUUGAUGCUGAAGCUCUGAGGACUGGAGAUCACCAUGAUUAUGGAUCAUCAACAUCUUCUGCUUCUGCAUAUUUUUCUACGAUGAAUAAAUCAUACUCCUUUUUGACAGAGAACAAGUCAUGGGGAUCAUACCCUAGAAACGAUCUAGAACAUUGGAGAAGACUCACUAACUGCCAACAUCAAGUUUCAGAUACGGUUUUCAAAAAAGAGUUAUCGAAUAUCAUAAAGGGUAAACUGAAACAAGGUGUGAUUUACAUGAGGUGGAAAGAAGAAUUCUUACUUCCUGAUUCUCGGAUUAAAUCUAUACGAGGAGCUUCAUUCGAAGGCUUCUAUUACAUUGCAUUGAACACUGGGUUGGGGGGUACUUCUCACGUCCACAAGUCGUCACGUGCGGAUUUCCCAUUCCCGGACGGGAUCAAUAAUUUUGUUGAUCAAUCAGGUACAAUCACUGGGUUAUAUUACCACAAGACUUCAGAGAAAUUUCAAUCUCUAUUCUUAAAGUAUGUGGAGGAUUACGGUAGUUCUGGCAGAUUUGAUUUUGCCUAA